AUGAGGCGUGCGUCGGCGGCGGAGCGCCUCUCGGUGCUAGGCUUCUCCGCGCGGUGCGGGCGCCUGGAGCCGCCUUUUCCGCUGGGUGUCACUCGGGGGUGGGGGGGAUGGCCCAUUCAAAAGCGCCGCGAGGGGGCCCGGCCAGUGCCCUUCAGUGAGCGCUCGCAAGAGGACGGCAGCGGCCCGGCGGCUCGCCGCUGCGGGACCUUGUGGCGCAUCAGGACGCGGCUGCCCCCCUGCCCGGACCCCGAACGGCCGCCGCUCUGCCUCCUGCGCGUCAGCCUCCUCUGUGCGCUCCGGCCCGGCGGCCGCGGGAGCCGCUGGGGCGAGGACGGCGCGCGGCUGCUGCUGCUGCCCCCGGCCCGGGCGGCGGGAAGUGGAGAGGCCGAGCCGAGCGGCGGGCCCCCCUAUGCUGGGAGGAUGUUGGAGAGCAGCGGAUGCAAGGCGCUGAAGGAGGGUGUGCUGGAGAAGCGCAGCGACGGGCUGCUGCAGCUCUGGAAGAAAAAGUGCUGCAUCCUCACUGAGGAGGGGCUGCUGCUUAUCCCACCCAAGCAGCUGCAACACCAGCAGCAGCAGCAGCCUGGGCAGGGGCCGGCUGAGCCCUCCCAACCCGGAGGCCCCGCUGUGGCCAGCCUCGAGCCGCCGGUCAAGCUCAAGGAAUUGCACUUUUCCAACAUGAAGACCGUGGACUGUGUGGAGCGCAAGGGCAAGUAUAUGUACUUCACUGUGGUGAUGGCCGAGGGCAAGGAGAUCGACUUUCGGUGCCCGCAGGACCAAGGCUGGAACGCCGAGAUCACGCUGCAGAUGGUGCAGUACAAGAACCGUCAGGCCAUCCUGGCGGUUAAGUCCACACGGCAGAAGCAGCAGCACCUGGUCCAGCAGCAAACCCCGCAGCCGCAGCCCCAGCCCCAGCCCCAACCCCAGCCUCAGCUCCAGUCCCAGUCCCAGCCGCAGCCCCAAGCCAAGCCCCAGCCCCAGCCCCAGCCCCAGCAGCUCCACCCAUAUCCGCACCCGCACCCGCACCCGCACCCACUACCGCACCAGCACCAACAGCCGCUCUCGCACCCGCACGGCCACCGGCUUCUCCGCAGCACCCCAACUCUGCCUGAAGGGGGCAGCACCCGGGCCAGAUAAGGUUUUGAGGACUCGAGGAAGUGGGACUAGCACCUUUCUAUUGUCUUCACUUGGAUCCAAAACAAGACAGUCUCCCCGCCCCUCACCAGAUCAAGCCGUUUGGACAUCACCAGACUGAUAACUUUCGAUUCCUUAGUUUUCUGCAUACUCUUCAUGGCAAUGCAGGAAACCAUCUCUAGUCCAGAAGGCUUUAUUUAUGAACCUUUGAAAGGAUCUUCCAGUAUGGUGGACCUUGUAGGAGCAAUGAUGUACUGUAAUUUUAUUUUAAUGUAUUUUGACUUAAGGUUAUUUAUUAGUGUUUUUUUUUAAUGCUUGUUCUAAGACAUUUCUGAAUGUAGGCCAUUUUCCAAAAAGAAACUUUAUUUUCAAAAAACCAUUCCCUAGUAAGUUCUAAUCUUGGAAAAG